GCUCGAGGCGCUCUUGGCCGUCAGCCCUCCCGUCGGCGCCUCGCCCCAGCGCAGGCCGCCCCGCGACGAGGCGGGGAAUGGUGCCGUGAGCAGCUGCCCCCGGAGCCGACGCGGCCGCUGCCGAUGGCGGACGCGCUCCACGCAUCGGCCGGAGGGGCCCCCCUCCCUGGUGCGAUGCCGAGCGACCGCACGCGGUACUGGACCGACGCCAACUACAGCAGGUUUUACGCCGUGAGUCAGGAGGAGCGCCGCUGCAUCAAGACGGCAGCCGCAGGAGCUGGUCUGUCUCCUGGCGGUGCGUUACGGAUGGGAGCAGCUUGGAAGGCCUCCGGCGUCGGGGAGCCGCCGCGCAGCCUGUCCGCGCGCUGGCGCCCAGGGGCGCCGACGGAGGGGAGGCUGGCGCUGUUUCAGGCGGCCUUCGCGGCGCUGAGCCAAGGUGGAGCGGCCAUAUGCACCUCGCAGGUGCGGCCGCUGCUGCUCUCCAUGCAGGUGGUGCUCGACGCGGGCGCAUCGCGUGGCCUCCAGGAGGCACUCCUCGGGGCGGGCGACCUCGUGUCCUACCGAGAAGCCCUGGCCAUCUACCUGGCGCUGGCACCGGGUCGAGCCGGGGCCUGGUCGCCUCGCGAGGCCAGGGCCGCCGUCGAGGCUGCCGUCCGCUCGGCCCUGGAGGAGGAGGGCGCGGACGGCGGCGCGCCCCUCUCGGCGCGGCGCGCACGCCCGGCAGGGGCCUGGUCGCGGCCCCUGAGCCCGCUGGACGCGGAGCUGGCGGUGGCCGCCGCCGUCGGCGGCGCGCUGCGCGAGCUGGAGGCCGAGGACGUGGAGGGCGGCGUGGUCGCGGAGCGCGUGAGCCCGGGAGGCGGGGGCUGGACCCCCGACCCGCCCUGCCGCCCGAGCGGCUGCCAGCAGCGCCCUCGCUCGCCGCCCUCGGCGGGCCCCGCCGGGCGCUGCCGCCGCUGCUGCGGGGGGAGCGGCUGGUGCGCACUGCUGCCUCGGGCGGCCAGGGGUCGCCGCUGCAGCAGGCUGGGUACUCCUGGUCCCGGCGCCGCUGAGGGCCCUAAGAUAGGGCUCCCGUCGGUACCGCUGGCCGAGGUCCGCUGCUCGAGCGGGGGGGGGGAUCGUACCUUCCUCCAUGUGCCGACACUGACGCUGCGGAGAAAUUCGAGCAAGCUUCGAUGC